AUGGAUGUCCCAGCCAUUACAGCUCUAAGUGCAGUGACUUUCGUUAUUGUUGUCUACUUCCUACUCUCGCGGCUGACUGCACAGUCGUCAUCUUGGCCUAAGACUAAGCAACUUCUGGCUUACACUCGAAAGGUGAUACCAAAGAAACGAAAAUUUCAACUUAACCACAACUCGCUUGACGACUUCGUACCAGCGGGAGAAGUGACAACUGUUCAUGACGUGGCACAGUUAUUUACUCGUCGUGGGAACGAGUUUUCUGUUUACAGUGUAGACUGGGACCAAGAAGUGGUUGUGCUCAUCCGACCGGUGGACGGGGCGGAUCUGAAAGCACAUCCGUUCUUUCGUGAGGCUCAGAGACGAAACGCAGCCGAGGUUCUCUGCGUCCCGCUGGAGCGACUCCAAGAAGUGGCGAGCGCCGUAGCCGACAAGGUUGCGCAUGUGAAGGAAGUCUUCAUCUUCAACACAGCACGAUGUGGGACGACUCUGGUAACACGAGUUGUGGAGGCCACCUCGGUGGCACAGUCGGUGAGCGAAGCUGAUGUGUUCUCCGUCAUAUCUGUGGCUCGCCACCGACUCCAGCGGUCCUCCCAGCAAGGCCAGACUCCACCUCGUCACGGCUUCUCUACUGUUCUGUCGAAUGAACAGUCUACCACAACUCUCGUCAGGAACGUCGUCACUUUGCUGAACUACAACCUGGUGACGUCAGAUCCACGUCACCGUGACGUCAUUUUCUACAAGUUCAGACCCGACGUCAUCCUCCUGGCUGACCUGCUGGCUCGCGCCUUCCCGUCCGCCAAGACCGUCUUCAUGUACAGAAAUGGCCUGGAAGUCAUUGAAUCGAUCUGUCGAAACAACCUCGAGGGCAGUCGCGGGAUUUACGUGGCUUUAACGUGGUUGUUAAUGAUGAACAUUGACGUGUACCCCAACCCUGAUUACAUCCGAUGUUUCGGAGACGACCCGAAGUAUUCGGCGGUGCGCCAUCGGGGCACGCUCUGGUUCCACCUGUGCGCGCGGUGGGCCGAGGCGAUGCAGCGCGCCGUCUCUCUGCAGAGGAACCAGCCUGGGUAUUUCUUCCACGCCGUCAUCUACUACCCAGCCCUCCUCAACGACAAGAAGGAGACUUUCCGUCUACUGAUGAGGAGGCUCGGUUUGAAGUGGAGCCCAGAGGACCCAGGGGAAGACACGGAUAAGAUCGAGAGGGCCUUGACCAAGGACAGCCAAGCAGGAACCGUUAUGUCAUCUGCAAAGGGGAGGAGGCAUGGCGAAAACUGGACUCCUGACGUUUCACCACGCUGGAUGGGGCAGUGGGAACGAGAGUACUUUGAGGAAGUUUGUCGUCAUGCUGGGAACGAGAUCCCCGGGCCUGACUUUCUUCUCCCCGGCACCAUACUAUAAAUGCAUUUAAGCUCGCGGGGAAUUAAUUUCGCGGUAGCGGGAAAAUGAAGUGUAGCGAGAUCCUGCGAACUUAAAACGCAUUUACAGUACUGUACUCUAGUCACAAACUGAUAUGAAAACCCGGCGCCUCUACAAACCCGCCUGUCGGAAACCACUUACUGGUCACUUAGCAAGGGUGCUACCAACGGACUGAACAGUCCACUCUUGACUUUGACUUUGAUAGUGCUGGCGUUGUCACCUGUGAUGAUCACUGAUCUAACUCUCAAUUCGUAGUACAGUACUACAUAUCUGUCAUGAUAUCGUCUUCAUAUCUAUGAUGUUAUGAUGCAGUAUGUCGUAAAUGAAUGAAAGCGUACUCAAAGCAUUUGUGUCUUUGUCAAAAUUUUAUUAUAAUACUGUAACAAUGUAUACAGUUACUGUAGUACAUACAAGUAGCGAGAAGGAACAGAAGGCAAAUGUUGCGGUGGUUUUAAGUUCGCGAUGAAGCGGCCACUGCAAAACCCUAGAACGAUGAGAUAGAAUAUAGUUAAGUAGAUAUAAGUUGAUAAUAAGUAGACGAUAUUGCUAAUGGUGAGUAGAUAGGAUAGUAUCCGAUAGUUAAUAAUGUAAGAGAUGAUAUCUUUCUGUUAUCCAUUUUGUGUUUAUCUAUGUAUUUAUUUAUGUAAUUAUUUAUGCAUUUAUUUAUGUAAUUAUUUAUGUAUUUAUUUAUGUAUGUACGCUGUUUACUGCUCUUGUUUUUUGCUUAUGUUUAUGAGUAGAAGGCUGUAUAUAAGCAUUUAUGUCAUACCUCUGACGCGAAAACGUUCGAUACGGGUGUUCCGGACCGGGUGAUAACUUCCGUAUCAGACGGGCUCUAAGUUGUAUCACACGGGCUCCAUUCGAAUAAAUCGAACUAUUUCGAGCGGGACGAGUGCGGCGCCGUCGAAGAUUCGAAUACCUGAUUAGGACGAGAACAUUACAGUUGUAACUCUUUUUGUUCGAGGGCACCAAAUUUGUUCAACUUCUGGCGCAUCUCGCAUCAAAACAUGGGUUUUCUCAGGU